AUGGGGGACGAGAAGAUCCUCGUCACGGGGGGCGCGGGGUUCAUCGGGAGCCACCUGACGGAGAAGCUCGUGGCCAUGGGUCACAGGGUGGUCGUGCUGGACAACUUCGACCCGUUUUACGACGAGAAGGUCAAGCACAAGAACAUGGAGGGCUACAUGGCCUCGGGGAUGGUGGAUUUCGUCCAGGGCGACAUCCGGGACAUGGACACGUGCAAAAAGGUAUUCGCCGAGCACAAGAUCACGCGCGUGGCGCACCUGGCGGGCAAGGCCGGCGUGAGGCCCUCGCUCGAGGACCCGAUCGUCUACGAGGAGGUGAACUGCCGCGGCACGCUCAACCUGCUGGAGUGCGCGAAGGACCCGCGCGUCGCGAUGUUCGUGUUCGGGUCCUCGUCGUCGGUGUACGGGUGCUGCCCGCGCGUCCCCUUCAGCGAGGACGACCACGACCUCGUCCCCAUCUCCCCCUACGCCGCCUCGAAGCUCUCCGGCGAGGCCUACUGCAAGACGUUCCACCACCUCUACGGCAUCCCCAUGGUCAUGCUGCGCUUCUUCACAGUGUACGGGCCCCGGCAGCGGCCCGACCUGGCCAUCAGCAAGUUCACGCGGCUCGCGUUCAACGGCGAAGAGAUCCCCAUGUUCGGCGACGGCAGCACGCGCAGGGACUACACGUUCGUGUCGGACAUCGUGCAGGGCAUCGUCGCGGCGCUGUUCAGCAGCCUGCAGUGCGAGGUGAUCAACUUGGGCAACAGCAACCCGACGACGCUGACGGAGCUCAUCGACCGCGUGCGGACGGCCACGGGGAAGGAGCUGAAGAUCAAGCCGCUGCCCGUCCAGGCGGGCGACGUGCCGCAGACGUACGCCAACGUCAGCAAGGCCGAGCGGCUCCUGGGGUACAAACCCUCGACCACAACCAAGGAGGGCGUGCCGCGGUACGUCGAGUGGUACCGCAGCGUGUACGGCGUCAAGUAG